GCUGGUCUGCUCGAUGUGAUCUGCAUCAAUCGGUAUUUUGGUUGGUAUGUCGACACGGGAUACUUGGAAACAAUCAACAACAGCUGGGUUUUUGAAAUCAGCAACUGGAAGCAAAAAUACAGGGACAAGCCGCUAAUUGUAUCAGAAUAUGGAGCCGAAGCCAUUCCAGGUUUCAAUCAGGUUCGCCAGAGGCUGAUCCUGGAAAAGAAUUUACAGCUACCUGUUUACGCUUACCCAUUACAACCAUAA